AUGAGUGUGGCUACAAUUUCCUCUCCAGAAGGAUCAAUAAAGCAAGAUGAUCCAUUUCUGGAAAAGACAUGGAAGGAAAUAGAGCCUGCAAUUCACAUUAUUUUGGGUGAUGAGAAGAACUCUCCAUUAGACUCCCGUAUGUAUACCCAAACAUAUUCAAAGGUUUACAAUUACUGUACCACCGCAUCUACAAGGCGCCCUCCAGCUGUUAGUAAGGAUCAUGAUGGAAAGGGGACUGUUAAACUAGUUGGUGCUGAAUUAUACUAUAAGCUUCAAGAGUACCUAAAAUUCUAUUUGGAAAAUCUUAAACAAAAGGGUGGCGAAACUUUCCUUCAAUUUUACAUUCGCAGUUGGCAGAGAUACCUAAUUGGAUCUACUCGUUUAAAUGAUGUUUUGGAUUAUAUUAAUCGGUAUUGGGUUGCUAAAGAGCGUGCCGAUGGUCACAGAGAAAUUUAUGACAUCCUCAGUUUGUGCCUUCUUUCCUGGAGAGAUUACAAAUUUCAUGCAAAUCUGCCCAUACUAAUGAAACAAAUUAUGGAACAGAUAAGACUCCAGAGGGAAAAUAAGAUUGAUUCAGUUGGAAAUCUUAGCUUUGCAAUUAAAUCCUUUGUUUUGUUAGGAUUUGAUGUCAAUGAUCUUAAAAAGCAGAAUUUAUCUGUUUACAUAAACGAUUUUGAAAAAACUUUCCUAACUGAAACAUUCAACUUUUACACUGAGGAGUCCGGGAAAUAUAUUCAAGAGCACGGUGUUGUGAAUUAUUUGGUGAAGGCUCAGCAAAGGAUCGAUGAAGAACUAAAACGUUUAGAGGAACUCAAUGACCAUACCCGGCGUCCAUUAAAUGAUGUGCUCAAUCAGGUGUUGAUCACCAACCAUGCAGCAGAAAUUAGAGCUGAGUUGACACCAUUGCUUGACGAAGGUAGAUAUGAUGAUAUACGAAAGAUGUAUCAUCUUCUUCGGCGUGUUCCAAUGACUGUUGGACCUUUAUUACAAAGUUUCCAAGAAUAUGUUAAGCAGCAAGGUUUGGUGGCUGUUAAUCAAUUAAAAGGCAGACUACAGGCUGCACACGAAGCUGAGCAGACCAACAAAUCACCUGUCGAGCAUCAUCGUAAGCAUUCAAGGCAUAAAAAAGGUGAUUACGUGGAUGCAAAAUUAUACAUUAAAACACUUCUUUCCGUUUACUUCAAGUUUAUGAGUGUUGUCGAUAAGGCAUUUGACAACAGUGAAGUUUUCGUUAAAGCCUUGGAUUGUGCAUGUAGAUCGUUUAUCAAUGCCAAUUCGAUUGCUACCCCUACGUCACGAUCUAAAUCUAGAACCCCUGAUCUUUUAGCAAAAUACAGCGAUGAUAUUCUUAGACAUAAAGAGAAUUUCGGUAAUAUGUCUGUUGAUGAGUUAAUGUCUGUGUUCAAGUUUAUUGAUGACAAAGAGAGUUUCGAAGUGUGGUACAGGAGAUAUCUCUCUAAAAGAUUGAUGAGUGGUUCUAUGUCACCUGAGGACGAGGAACGUGAGGAAGUCAUCAUUCAACAUUUGAAAACAUCCAACAGUAUUGAAUAUACUACAAAAAUUACGAAUAUGUUUAAUGAUAUCCGUAUCUCAAGGGAGUUGGGAAGGUAUUAUCGCGAGGCAAUUUCUGAUACAACCGACGACACCAAUUCUCAGCAGUUUGUCACAAGUCUUGAGCCAAGAAUUUUAGAUUCAUCAUCCUGGAAUGCAAUAUUCAGGGGAUCCAACGAAUCUUUCAUGCUUCCUUCUGAGUUAAUUUCGACCCAAGAGAAAUUUGAAAGUAUUUACAGAGAACGUUAUAGCGGCAGGCAAUUAAAUUGGAUCUGGAAUCGAUCCAGAAUAGAGCUGAAGGUGAAUAAUCUAUCCCGUCCAGGAAGACCUCCUUACCAUUUCACGGUUACUCUAUUCCAGUAUUCUAUCCUCUCCCCCUUUAAUGAAAAGGAUACUAUGACCUCGUAUCAGUUAAUGGAGAAAACAGCGUUGCCUCCGGCUGUCUUCAAAGCUAACAUGAUUCCAUUUGUUAGAAACAAGCUUUUGGUGCAAUCGCCAGUUGGAGAGGACCAGAUUACAAAUCCUGCUACAUCAUUCACAAUUGUAAAUGAGUAUACUUCAAAAAGAAUUAAGGUCAACUUUGCUGCUGGUGUGCAUCCUGCAGACAUCAAAAAUGAGAGCAGUGAAUUGAAUGAGGAGGUUGAGAGAAGGCAUCAUGAGCUCUUGAAAGCAUGUAUUGUGCGUAUAAUGAAAGCACGGAAGCAAUGCAAGCACGAAAGACUAACAAAUGAGGUUUUUCAAAUAAUUGAUCGUUUUAAACCUACAGUUGGCGACAUAAAAAAGGCCAUCGAAGUUCUUAUUGAUGAGCAAUACCUUUCACGUAGUGAUGACGGAAGCACUUACAUCUAUCUAUCAUAA